CCGGGGGGAGAAAGUGCUGCUUUGUGAAUGAAGGGAGCGGCGGAGGGCACAAAACAAACUUCAGCAAAAUCAUUUCCGACGAGUGACUGAGAGGCUUCGACACCUGGCCGACGAGCCCCCAUCGAACACGAACCGUCCCUGUCCAGUUCUAAGCUGUCGAUCAUGGCGGUCAGUGUGGCCCCGGUGGCCUGGCUCUGCCUGUUGGUGGCGGUCAGCUGCGACCCCUGCCUCAUCAUCAGCGAGAUCAACGCCGACAACCCGAGGCUGGACACCACCGAGUUCGUGGAGCUGUAUCACACCAGCGGACAGCGGGCCUCGCUGGACGGCUACACCCUUGUGUUCUACAACGGGAAUGGAAAUAUAGCCUACAAGGUGCUGGACCUCAAGGGCCACAGCACAGAUGACCGAGGGUUCUUCCUGGUGGGCUCGGUGGACAUGCUGCCCAAACCGGCAAUCCUUCUGCCCCCCAACACGGUCCAGAAUGGCCCGGACGCCAUCGUCCUCUACCACACAUCUGCUGCCCGCUACAGUGAGAAGAUGAACGUGUCGGCCCUCGGGCUGGUGGACGCCGUGGUGUACAUGACUCGGCGCACUGGGGGCGCAGAGUUCCUCGCUGAAACCCUGACACCGGGCGAGCCGGCCUUUAUGGAGGAUGAGACGGCCCUCGAGGGGGACGAGUCAAUCGAGAGGUGCCUGUUGUCCGAGGACCGCUGGGGCUUUCAGGUGUCCUCGCCCUCUCCGGGUCAAAGGAACAACUGCACCCCUCCCGCCCCCCCAGCAACAAGUCCUGUCAUCACCGAGCUGAAGCUGGGUGGAGGCCAGGUGGACGGGUUCGUGGAGCUCACAGAGGCUCCAGCUGCUGAACCUCUGGUGCUGGUUGUGCUGGACGGGAAAACGGACAGGGUCAGCGUGAGUGUGGACCUGGGUGUGACCACCUCCAGGAACGGUUUGAUCUCCACAACCGUCGAGAAGAACUACAUGAAAGGAGACGAGUCUGGGGCUGUGGCGAUUUACACUGGCAGAGCGUCAGACUUCCCAGUGGGCAGUCCACUGAGCCAGAUCCAGCCUCUGGAUGCAUUUGUGUUCGCGGGACCUGGAAACAAGCCUAGUGCCAACCUCACAGAGACUCUGAUCCCAGGCAGACAACCCUACCAACUCAACAACAGUUUGAGAGAGGGAGGCUUCUAUCUGAGUCGCUGUGGUGUGGCCACCUGGCCCAGAGAUCCUGGUGUCUUCUGGGAGGCCCCGCAAACUCCAGGACAGCCCAACCAGUGCCCCUGGCCAAAGAUCUGCCCUCACAGUAUCGUGAUUCCAGGAGGUACAGAUUCACCACCUCACCUCCCACCCUGGGGGAACAGUGACUUCCUGAUCAAUGAGCUGAACACAGAUACACCUGGCGCAGCUGAGGACGGCGAGUACAUCGAGCUGUGGCACCCAUCGGGACGCCGUGUCUCCCUGCAGGGCAUCUGGAUACUCCUGUUCAGUCCACAAAACAGCAGACCCUACAGGGAGAUCAGCCUGAGUGGCCACUUCACCACCUCUAAGGGCUACUUUCUGCUGGGCAGUGACAGGUUGGUUCCAGCUCCAUCACUGCGCCUGCCCCCAAACACCAUCCAGAACGGGCCAGAUGCCGUGGCGCUCUAUCGCAGCCCUUUCGGUCCGCCAUCAGCCACACAGAGGGGGAUCCCCACCAAAGGGCUGCUGGAUGCCGUCGUGUACCGGCAGAGGGGAUCAGAUCAGGGGGCGCAGGAGCUGAGUAAAGCUCUGACCCCAGGACAGCUGCCUCUGCUGGAGGAUCCAGAGGUUCUGCCUGGUGACGAGGCCCUUAGCCGCUGUCGAGGCCUUUAUCCUUAUGACCUUUCUGCUUUCUCAGUGGCUCCACCCACCCCUCUGAGGGAGAACAGCUGCCCCCGCCCCCCUCCAGCCCCUGAGGGUGUGGUUAUCAGUGAGGUGGCUAGCGGCCACUGGACCAAUCACAGCCAGCAGAGAGCCUUUGUGGAGCUGCACGGGCCCCCAAAGACAGACCUGCGGGGCCUGGUGCUCACGGUGUUUGACCAGGAGCGCAGUGGGACCGUCAUUGCUCUGCCUUUGACCAGAUCUAUUGACCGGGAUGGUUUUUACAUCGUUGGAAACGUCACUGGAGCAGAUCAGACUUUCCCGGAGGGCUCCACGGUGCCGGUACGAGGAGCGGUGGUCCUGUGCUAUGACCUGUUCAGUGUGUGUAGGGCUGGCACCGCUCUGACCAACUCCAGUCUCAGAGAUGUGCUUGUGUUCAGUGAAAACCAGCGGCUGCUGUCCUCUCUGUCCACCACAAGAGGGAGACAAGUGAUUCCAGCUAUCAGGUCGGUGGAAGACGGUCCCGUUUCGCUCAGCCGGUGUUCAUGCUGUGAUGUUAGGAGCCCCUCCUCCUGGACAAGCUCCUCACCCACGCCUCACAGCGCCAACCUCUGUCCGAGCUCCGCCUUCUCCAGUCACAUUGACCUCUGCCUCGGGCCCUUGUCCGGUGACAGGCAGGAGCCGUCAGGAGACUGCAGUGGUCUGAUCCCGUGGAAGAGAGUGGCUGAGGUGGCCGACUACCUGGAGCAGAAGUGCCACUGUGGUAUCUCUGCUUUGUAUCUCCAAGAAGCCAACUUUUCAUGUGUGUCUGGUUGGCUGCGAGUGUGGGGGAACAUCCAGGCGCUGUCGGACCAUCAGAAGGCCCUCAUCAUCCAGACAUCGCACAUGAAUCCAUCAUCUGUGCGCGGGGACGCCUGCUCCGCUCCCUCCACGGACCGCUAUACAAGCACAGCGUCUGCCCUGGGCUUGCAGAUAGGACUGGUGGUAGCGGUGCUGCUGCUGCUGGGACUAGGAGCUGCUCUGUUCACAUAUUUCUACAGGAGGAGGCGUCCUCUGGACUAUUACACCAUGGAGCUGAGCGAACACGCAGAGGGACUGUCAGAUCUAUAAUCCAGGCUUCGCAUCGCCGUGUUUGCCUGUGGAAGUGCUCGUGUGCGUUGGGGGACUUCGGCAGAGGGAGCGAGAGUCGGGGGUAAUCGGAGGUUCAUUUUACUUUUACUGAUCGUGUGGUCGUCUUGAAACGAACGCCACAUCAAGUGUCCUUCUCUGUGUCUGUGGGAGAUUGAUGAUGAAAUGACUCGUUGUCUGUUAAGAGUGUGUUUGCAGCCGGUGCGUGACUCGGAUGACACUUAAGACAUCAAAUCAGACAGCCCAUGAGUUGAAUAAAAAAAAAAAACAACGUAAAAUAAAAAGAAAAUAACAUAUUUUUAUAAAGGUAUGUGCAGCCUUUGCCUGUGAACAGUGCUGGUUACUACUUUUAAAGGAAAAGGAAGAGAAAAGGGAGAUUUUGCUUUUAAAUACUUGAGUGCUAAAUGGUCAUUUUUGUUGACUUGUUUAUGUUACUGUGGAAAAGGCCUUUAAAUUUUCAACUUUUAAACACCCAUGCCUCCAACUUAUGCAGGAAGCUCUAUCAGUUUAACGACCCUCAUCCCAUCCUCAGCUGGUACUACGGCGUUGUAACAUUAUAACCAAGAUAAUAUUCGUUAAGCUCCCAUUUAUGCUUCAACAUGGUUGACUUCCUGCUUUGUUUUCCUGCUGCAUGCUGUAACCGUCCAUUUUAGACUCUUGUCACUCAAGGGCUUGAUUGUCUUUUUAAAUGUGAAUGUGUUUAGCUAACUUGUGACGAGUGUCUGUAACCACUUCUGUCUGCUUACUGAAAGCGAACUGUUUACAAUUUUCUUCAUGUGUAAAAUUAGAAGGAGGGAUGUCGAAGCCAUUUCUUGAAUGGAGAGUAUUUGUUUUUAGAAAUGAGAGAUUGCUUGGUUUUAAGAAAAUUAGAGCAAUUUUAUGUUCCACUUUUUUUUUGUUGUUGUUGUUGUUUUUGUUGUUGUUGUUGUUUUGGCUCAGAAACCUCUACUGUGCCUUUACUUGCGUGUUAAUCAGCUGAUUCCUCAUUUAUUUGAGGGGAAGUACAGCCGUCUCUUCUGCAGCCAUAAGUGUAAAUACUGCGGAUAUGGAGUUAGUAUUCUCAGGGGGGGAGCAGUUAUCGCAAAUCUGAAAUGAUAACUUAUUGUAGAAAUACAGAAACUAGCAGGGGUCAGAGCAAAAAGUGAAAAAAAUAUUGAUAGUUUAAUUUGAAAAGUGCCAUGAAAUACACAUAUAAGCUCCAUUUUUAAUAUCGUUGAUGUGCCGCUCACCUCGUAAUGUUGCCUUAUUCAUCUGUUGUGGUGCACAGAACCUCACGGUGUUUCUUUGCUUUUAUCACCUUGGUGAGGAGAUUUUGGUUUCUCAAUACUGACAAUUAUUAAUACAUGUCUGUCGAGCACAAUUAAUCAUAUAAAAUCAGAUUCGUUUUACAGCAAGUUCAACUUUUUAAAAACAAAAUAAAAAAACUAGAUGGAAAACCAGAAAAAUCAUGUAAAUUAAGGCCUUUUUUAGCUUUUAAAGUGAGCCAAAAUGGUAUUUCCCCCUUUGAAAUGGUGCAACAUGAUGUUCAGAAAAUAUAUUUUAUUGUAAAAUUCUAUGUAAGCGCCCCAAAAAAUGUGUUGAAAUGCAAAUGUGAGACAUGUUCGUCCAGAGGAAGCUGGACAAUGCUGAAAAUUGCUGAACAGAAUUUGAUGAAACGCUUCUGUUCAGAGCGCUUGUUUAACAUGAGAAUCAACAUACACACACACACACACACACACACUGUAACUUCAGUGCACUGACAACAAUCGCAAGAAGUGGAAAAGAAUUACAAAACAGUCUGGCUGGACAAAUAGUCUCAGUUGCAUAUUUACAGAUCAGGCGCAGCAGCAAACAGAUCUUUUUACAGGGGCACUAAAAGUCUGCACACAUUCAGCAAAUGUUCAUGGUCCACAGCAGAAGAUGUCAGAGACAACACUGGAAAGAAAGCUUUGAAUCGUCUGCAUCCCAGGUCAUGAUCUAGUUUUCUUUCCAGUGUCCACUCUUUAUUUUUUUUCCCUGUUUUCCUUCCAAUGUCAUGCACAUGUAGCAGGUUUGAAAUAAAAUACUUCCACAAA